CUGGAUUAGUUGCUUUUCCAGGAUCUGCACUGACCAGCAAGCCAGCAGAGGAUGGGAAAAGAGGAGAAUGAUAAAAUUGAUAUUAGAAUGAGCCUGUGUUUUUCAUAAACAUGAUGGAGGUUUGCUGACAUAACAGUAAGUAUGGAAUUCUACCCAUCAAAGACCUCUGGAUGAUACAGAUAUGUUGAAAUUCACAUUUCAAGGAAGAUGCUCAAUCAGAGUAUCUGGAGGCUGCUGGGACAUCAUGGUGCCCGGUUUGUUCAGAAGGCUCUGCUGAGUCCUGUCCAGCUAGGCAGUGAACGUCCUCACAAACAGGCAAAAGCUUUCCACCUGCGACUGAAGGCAAAAACCUGGAGACGUCUACAAGACCGGGAGGAGCCCUAGCCCUUUGUGUUCCCAUAGGAGCUACUGGAACGCGGCGGCUUCCUCGGGAAAAGUAGGAACGCGCUCUACCGAGGCAGCGGGCUCACACCAAGUUGUACCCAGCCUCACGCCAGGAUUUCAUGAUUCCCUCUUCUUCUUCCGCCUCCCAAGGGCAGCUCUCCAGAGCCCUGAAAGACACAGAGAUGCAGAAUCAGCCACCCCGGGCCGCCCGUUACCCCCACGGCAGACUGCGCCCUGCUGCCCGCCCAUGCGCAGUGAGGGAAGGUCGGCACGGCGCCGUGCCGUUUCCCCUUCCGGCCGUGCCCGGUCUCCUGUCAACAUGGCAGCGCUGGGCGAGUGGCGGCGGUGUCUGUGGGCGGCAGCAGUGGUUGCGCUGGCGGUGGCAUCAGAGGCGGCUUUUGUGGAAGACCUGGAUGAAUCGUUUAAAGAAAACCGUAAAGAUGAUAUUUGGCUUGUAGAUUUUUAUGCACCAUGGUGUGGCCACUGCAAGAAAUUAGAGCCUGUGUGGAAUGAAGUGGGUAUAGAAAUGAAAAACAUGGGCUCUCCAGUAAGAGUCGGGAAGAUGGAUGCAACUUCCUUCUCUAGUAUUGCAUCUGAAUUCGGAGUGCGAGGCUAUCCAACAAUUAAGCUCUUAAAAGGUGACUUGGCAUACAAUUAUAGAGGACCCAGGACCAAAGAUGAUAUAAUUGAAUUCGCUAAUAGAGUAGCAGGACCUCUUAUCAGGCCACUUCCUAGCCAGCAUAUGUUUGAGCAUGUGCGAAAGAGGCAUCGUGUAUUUUUUGUAUAUGUUGGUGGGGAAUCUCCUUUAAAGGAAAAAUACAUUGAAGUUGCUUCAGAACUAAUUGUUUAUACAUACUUUUUUUCUGCCUCAGAAGAUGUGCUCCCUGAGUAUCUGACCUUGCCUGAACUACCUGCUGUUGUUGUAUUCAAAGACGGAACUUACUUUGUGUAUGAUGAAUAUGAAGAUGGCGAUCUGUCAUCCUGGAUAAAUCGAGAAAGAUUUCAAGGUUAUCUUACUGUAGAUGGUUUUACAUUGUAUGAACUUGGAGAUACAGGAAAACUUGUGGCUAUUGCAGUGAUUGAUGACAAAAACUCUUCAGUGGAACAUACCAGACUGAAAUCUAUUAUUCAGGAGGUUGCAAGAGAUUAUCGGGAUCACUUUCACAGGGAUUUUCAGUUUGGCCAUAUGGAUGGAAAUGAUUACAUCAAUAGUUUACUAAUGGAUGACUUGACAAUUCCUACUAUCGUUGUUUUGAAUACCUCCAAUCAGCAGUAUUUUCUACCAGAUAGGCACAUUGAGAACACAGAAGAUAUGGUUCAGUUUAUUAACAAUAUCUUGGAUGGUACAGCUGAAGCGCAAGGUGGUGACGGAGUUCUGCAGCGAAUCAAGAGAAUAGUCUAUGAUGCCAAGUCUACUGUAGUGUCAGUGUUCAAGAGUUCACCACUUCUGGGAUGCUUUCUCUUUGGGUUGCCCCUGGGUGUCAUCAGCAUAAUGUGUUACGGAAUCUGCACAGCUGAUACAGAUGGAGGUGUAGAUGAACAUGAGGCAGUUAAAAAGGAAAACAGUGAUCGGGAGCUCACAGAUGAUGGCAGUGAGGAGGAGCAAGAGGAGGAAAAGAACGGGAAGUAUGCAGAACUUUCAGAUGGAGAGCUUAAACAGAAAGACCUAUUGGAAAAGAAAAAAGACUAAUGUGUUGAGCAAAAAAUCUCUAGAAUUUCCAAAUAGACUAAUUUAUUGAAGGUAGUCAUUUAUUGAUGAUCUUCAUGAAAGAGGACCUUUUUGUGUCUGCGUUAUGGUAGUUUUGACUUGCAUGUGUUUAAAUUUUCUCAGAUAUUGACAGGGAAAAGAGCUAAAUAGGGAUGUUCUCUCAAUUGUCUUUAACAAUUAUCAAAGGAAUAUGAAGGAACUUGCAGGUACUUUUGGGGAGGUUUUUUAUUGUUUGUUCCUAGAACAAUGAGAUAAUGUUACUUGGCUUUAGUAUACCUGAUGAACUGAUAAUAGUACAGCCCAGCCGAGCACUCAAAAUUAAGGCUGUAUACUAAAAAAAAUUCAAGAGAUCUGUAAAUUCUUUCAGAACCUUGAUGGUUAAAGACAUGUUACGGUUUUUCCAGGAACUCACAUGUUUUAUUGUUGCACAUUAUUUUGGAAAAAUAAUUUUUUGUUAUCAAGUUAAAUGUAAAUUGUUAUAAACCAGAGGACUGUUUUAUUAUGUACUAAUGUAAUUACUGGCAGUCGGGAAUAUCUCUGUGAUAUACAACAUGUUAGCAGCUAAAAAUUAUUGGAGAACUACAUUUUAAAACUUUUCAAACAAGGUUACAUGUUAAAUUGUUUUAUGCUUACAUAACCUUUUAUUACAAAUGAUCAUUUGUACUGGAAGUUUUCUGAAACUACAGUACAACUUGAUAAAGGAUGACACAAGCACUCUAUUUUGCCAAAAUCCCACAUGACAAGCUUUUUGACUGAUGUAAACAUGUUUACAGUGUUUAGAUUGUUACAAGUCUUUGAGGUGGUUUGUGUUGAUAUUACUAUUUGAGACUGUUACCUAGAGAGUUAAUGGAGCAUAAUAUUAACUUUCAUAAAGAUUGAUCAGUAUAAUGCAUUUUUAUUAUCUGUUUUGUCACAAUAGUCACUUCUAAUACGAUCCUGUGAAAAUGACUAGUUUGUGUCCAAGGUUAAAAUCUCCAAGGCCAUUAGCACUGAUGCUAUGAAAAGUACCACGCAAACAGAACUUCUGUUGCUCCUUAUCUUGGUAUUCAUGCUAUUUUUUUUGUUCUUUUAAAGUAAUAUUACAAUAUAAUACAGAUGAAGUCCUCUGUAUAAGGCAGCUAGAUCACAUAAGAAAUUACUGUGCAGUAACUCUAAGUUAAGACGUUUUAUAUAAAGACAUUGGUAAACUUAAAUAGUCAAGUUUUGUGUUGGAGCAAAUGAUGAUAACAUAAAGCAUAACUAUGGAAAAUGAAUUGCAUUCUUUUUGUUGUGGGAAGAAAAUUUGGGUCUUCGGUUUAAGUAACUUGGUAUUAGCCAGUGCUGGUUACAGUACGUAGAUGACUGUUAUCAGUGUUACAAACAAGGUCUAAAGUUAGGAAAUAUUUUUCAGAAAAAAAAAAUUGAUUUUUAAUCAACCCACUUUUGUUUCAGAACAACAAGAAAAUAUGAGUUUGUAUAAUUCUGAAUAGCAGGUGUCAGAAAUGCUUUUUUUGCUUUUUGUUUUCUUCUUUUUCCUUUGUGAAUUGCAUUUUUUUUCCCCUUUUUUCAUUAUAUUUGCAUUAUAUUUGAGCUGGUUGUAAAUAGUAAGUUGAGUUAUCUUGCUUUUUUAAUGUCUGUGUUUUGGUUUCUUUUUCAAUAUGCAGGAUACCUUGAGUUAUAUUUUUUAGCAUAUACGUGAAGAGUGAGAUGCUUAAAAUUGUAUUUUAGAGUUGUCUUUAACAUGAUUUAGAGAUGUUGAGUUGCAUUUUAAAACAAUCACUCAAGGACAGGCUUUAAGUUCCUUUGGAAUUCAACAUAAGUCAGUGGUGGCAAUAAGACUAUUAAUAUAGUAAGAUGUUUCCUGGAUUUGUCUGUUGCCAUGAGAUUUCAAAUACAAAUCAAUUACAUGUUUAAUUUUGGCUUUGACUGGGGACAUGCAGCUUUUGACUAAAAGGUGAAUGUGAUCAGUGGAAGGCCACCCUUCAUUCUGUAGUGUGCAAUUAAUAAACCAGCGAAAAACCUGACCAACAAAAGUAAAAAAGAAACCCAUGAAUUCUGCUGCAUUGCAAACUGUACCUCAUUUGUGACUCUUCAUUUUUGUGGUUAUUUUUUGUUUAUAAUCAAAUGCUAGCCCAGUAUCUUGCUGAGAAAUCUUGUUUCUACAAAGCUGAAAAUGAUGAAUGCUGUGUAAGAAACACCUCUCACUGGGUUCUGAUACAACUGUAACAUUCAACUGCUGAAGAAGAAAAUGUAUCUCAGUCACUUCUGAAUUGUAAUAUUAAUCUGAUGUGUACUGAGCUAUUGAAAAUCAAGCUUGAAAUGUACUGCUGUUUUCACCAAAUCCUUUUCUCAGCUAUGUUCAACAAGGCACAGGGAAAAGAUGAGCAUACGAAUCAUAGACUGAGUGUAAGAAGUGAUAUGCAAUUACAGGAACUUACUGUGGUCAUGCAAAUAAUUUAGAUUGUUGUCAGAGGAGAAUCUGUCAUUUUAUUCUUUUUUCUCAAAUCUCUCAAGGUUUCUGAAAGCAACUUCACUGUCAUAACCUGUUUUGAAUUCAUGAAAUAACGCUGCUUAUUGAAUUCAAGUGAAGCCUUUUGUUUUUCUAUAAUAAAAACACAUAAUAGUACUUGUCUGCUUUGUUUAAUUUAUGGUGUGUUGAGGUGCUGCAUGUUCUGUAGGAGGCAGCAUUUCCUGCAACUUUUGUUGUAAGCAUGUAUUAAGCCUGAGUAACUCAGUUCAGUACUGUAGAUGGCAGCUUUUGAAAAAGCUGAUGCCUCCUCAGUAUUCUGGAGAAGUUCUCCAGUUUUAGGAGUGAAACAUUUGUUUAUACUGCUGGGAUACUCACUGAGUAAAACAAAUACAUUCCUGAAAGAAGGAAUUUUAAAUACCAACACAUUCCAUUAACAUAUUUGCAAAUUUCUACAGCAGUUACUGUAGCAAAGGCAGCAUGAGGUGAAUUGUUCUAUAAUACUUUUCCUUCUGAAAGAACUUAAUUUUGAGUAGUGUUGUCAUUUGGUUUGAGCUGUCUUAACAGGAACUUUCCACAGUGUGGAGCUCAGUGCUUAAAGGAUAGCAUGACUACAUUUUGAUUGAUCUAGUGCAUCAAAGACUGCACAGAAAGGCUUCAUUCUCAUGAAAUGUUUAAGGAAAAGGUUUAUCUUGCUCUGUUUUUGGUCCAGAAUUAAUUUACCCAUUUCUCUUUUGUCAGCAUAUUUGUAGAAGCCCUGCUUGGAUGGGUGGAAGGGCGGAGCACUCUGGUGACAAUCAAAAGCUCAUUACUGAAAAGGGUACCGAAACAAAAUGUGCUUCCGUAAAGCUUUCUUAAUGUCCAACAAGACUACAGACAUUUCAGGUCAUGUUAUGCUGAGUCGGUGGUUCUGGUUCUCAAAUCUUUUCCAGAAAUGCAGCAGCUUUCUGCUUUUUUGUUGUCAUCUUGUAACAUACUGAAUCUCAUUGAAACUGCUGCAUGUUGUAUUGGUAUAACCAGUGGAGACAGUUUUGACAGUCUUGUGUUGAACACUUUGUUGAACUCUUAAAUUGAAAGGUUUCUGUAGUCUGCCUAGGCAGCAUAAGUACUCCCAAAACAAUUAUCUUCCUCUGGUUUCUGAAAUGGUAACCGUUUUAAAGGAUUACUCAUACUAACCUGUAUUUUGAUUCUCUGACAUAGAGCACCAUUAGCAGCUGAUGUGAAAGGUCCUGUUUCUAGUAGACUUCAUUCUGCUUGUAAGCCAAGGAGCAUAGAAGUGUUUGCAAUUGUAGAAUAAAUAAAGCCAUUUUACACAGAG